CUUAUCAUCAUUGUUUUAAUUAUACACAUUCUCUUAUACACACUAUAUAAGAAGCAAAUUUUGAAAAGAUAUUCAGUUUCAAUUUACAUUCCAUCGUCUAACAACGAAAAUACAUCAUUUCAAAAAUGGGUUGUGAAGAAGACAUUAUUUUACCUGAUCAAGGAGAUAAUAUCAUUAGAACUAAAAAAUCGGAUGCUAAUUAUGAUCCAAAAGGAGUUGCUCACUCCAUUUUUGUUUCUUUAAGCAACAAAAAACACGAAAUAGGACAAAUUGAUGCAAAUACUGGCGAAGAAGAAACUUUUGGGGUAACUUUACAAAAAGCGAUAAGAAUAGCUUGUCAUUUAAAACGAUUAGGAGUUACCCCAAAUGAUAUCAUCACUCCAUGCACUACGAAUCAUUUAAAUGCAGCAGCGAUUUUCCACGCGAUUUUAUUUACCGGUGCUAAACCUGCUGGAAUGGACCCAUUUGCUCCAGAUGAAGACAGAAUAAGACAACUAGAACUGGUUGAACCAAAACUUAUUUUUGCCAUACCAGAAACUAUAAAAGCUUUGGAAAAUAUGAUUGAUUCUUUAGGACUAAAUACUAAAAUCAUUGUUUUUGGUAAAACUGAUAUACAUAUUCCUUUUGAAGAUUUAUUAGUUCCUUUGCCUGAAGAAGAAAAUAAUUUUACACCGUACAUAGUUAAUGAUGUUCAUGAACCUGCUUUAAUCGUUUUCAGCAGUGGAACUACGGGAAGUCCAAAAGGAAUUUGUAUAAGUCAUUAUUCUGUUAUGGGGAAUUUUGGAAAUGCACUACUACCAAAUAAUGACCCCCAAAUUUUUUUAUCAUACGCUUCUUUCGUUUGGGCUUCUGCAAUUGUAAUAACUGUUACAACUGCACUGGUGGGUGGAAUAAAAGUCCAAGCUUCUGGUUUCACCCCGGAAAAAGCUUGGCGUCAUUUGGAAAAAUAUAAAGUAUCCGUUUUCUUUGCUGCUCCUCAAGAUUUAAUCGCGUUAAUUAAAAAUGGAAAACCGAAGGAUUUGAAAUUACCCCAUUUAAAAAUGUUGUGCCUAGCUGGAGGACCAAUUUCAAUACCAAGUUAUCACACCUUGCAAGAAAUGUUCCCGGAUGUAACAAUUUUUACUGGUUUCGGUCAAACAGAACUUUUUAAUUGUGCACUAGUACCCGAUUUUAGUCCAUCAGCUAGAACUGCCCUUUUAAGUAGACCGACUACUUGUGGUAAACCAACAAGAGGAUCAACAUAUAAAAUUGUUGACCCAGAUACUGGAAAAAUUUUAGGUCCAAAUCAACCUGGAGAACUCUGCGUACUCUCCGAUAUGAAUAUGAUUGGAUAUUACAAACAAGAUUCCUCAGAAAGAUUCGACGAAGAUGGAUUCUUAAAAACAGGGGAUAUUUUAUAUUACGACGAAGAAAAAUGGUUCUUUUUCGUUGAACGGAGCAAAGAAAUGUUGCGAUAUAAAAUGACAGCGAUUGCUCCAACGGAAAUCGAACACAUCUUAAUUCAACAUCCUUCGGUUAAAUUAGCGGUGGUUAUUGGAAAACCCACUGAUGAAGGUGAUAUAACGAUCGGGGUUGUUGUUAGAAAAGACAAAAAUGUUACUGACAAAGAACUUGAAGACUUAGUAGCGCGUAAUGUUGACGAACGCAAAAGAAUUAGGGGUGGGAUUUAUUUUGUUGAUGAAAGUGAAAUUCCUUUUACACCGUCUGGAAAAAUUAAACGAAGGAGCUUGAAACGAUAUAUUUUAGAAAAAAUCCAA